AAGAGAGUUUCCUAAAAAUUUCGAUGAAGUUUCGGUGUGGCCUCCAAAAUUUGAUAUUAAAAGGAUGCUAUGCUCGUCAUAUUCUAUGCCAUCAUCAACCCAUGUAAUAGGCUGAUCGCAGCACAAAGAAAAUCCUAAUGCCAUUACCAACCAACAAGUCUUACUCUUGCACAUUUUUCCAAUCUCUUAUCACUAUAAUAAUAAUAUUCUCCUUUCUUUUCUUUCCAUAACUAAGAUGAUGCUAAAGAUAAAGAGUGUGCAAACCAUAGUGGCAGGGCUAACGUUUUUGUUGGCCUUAUUGACCAACCUACUCUUGAAGCUACAGAGGCAGCACAACCGUAAGGCUCAGAAACUACAGACGAUGAUGAUGAUCAGAUCUGAAUUAGAUUCUUCUUCUUCGUCCGAGGUUGAUGAUGAGAGGUAUGGCCUGAGUUGGAGAUUGGCGGUGGAGACAAAUAAUAAUGUGCGUCCAUGGAAGACAGUGCCAGCUCGUUGCUAUAAACAUGUUGAGAAUUACAUCCUUGAUGGACAAUACGAACUUGACAUGAACAUCAUCGUAGACGAAAUUAUUUUCUAUGCAAAAUCACAGAUCCCUGUUCCCAGUAAUAAAGAUGCUUGGAUAUUAGACGUGGAUGAUACAUGUAUCUCUAAUAUUCCUUAUUACAAAAAUAAGCGAUUCGGAUGCGAGCCGUUUGAUUCAACCAUGUUUAAGGCAUGGAUCAACAAGGGAAUGUGUCCUGCAAAUCCUGUGGUACUAAGACUGUUUAAAACAUUGAUACAAAAAGGUUUCAAGGUGUUCUUACUAACGGGUAGAUACGAAGGAACCCUCGCUAAAAUCACUAUGGACAACUUACAUAGCCAAGGAUUCAUCGGAUACCAACGCCUUAUUUUGAGGAGUGAUGAAUACAAAGGACAGAGUGCAGUGAAAUACAAGUCAUCCAUUAGGAAAGAGAUAGAGAAAGAAGGUUAUAGAAUAUGGGGAAAUGUUGGAGACCAGUGGACUGACUUACAAGGAGACUCUUUGGGGAAUCGUACUUUCAAACUUCCUAAUCCUAUGUAUUGCAUUUCAUGAGACUUCAACAAACCAAAUGGUUUCUUUUGGACAAAUGAUGAGUCUUGCUUAAUUUCACAUACAAAUGUUAUUAUUAUUAUUAUUAUUAUUAUUAUUAUUAUUAUUAUUAUUAUUAGUAUUUAGUAGUAGUAGUUCCUCGUA